CCCGCCCUCAACGAGCUGCUGCAGCUGUGGAUGGCGUGCCGCGCCACGCGGGCGCUGCUGGACAUCUACACGCAGUGCCUGGCCGCCAUGAUCGGGCUCUGCCCUGACGCCUGCGUGGACGCGCUGCUGGACGCCUCGGGCCGCCACUCGCCGCACUUCGACUGGGUCGUGGCUCACAUCGGCUCGGCUUUCCCCAGCACCAUCAUCAGCCGCGUGCUGUCCUGCGGCCUCAAGGACUUCUGCGCCCACGGCGGCGCCCCGCCUGGAGACACCUCCGCCCCGGACAAGCGGGUGCCCAAGAUCGCCUCAGUGGUGGGCAUCCUGGGCCACUUGGCGUCCCGCCACGCAGCCAGCAUCCGCCACGAGCUGUUACGGCUCUUCCACGAGAGCCUGGGUCCUGGGCGCGACCCCACGCAAGCGGCCGCCGUGCCCUUCCUGCUGCAGCUGGCUGCCAUGUCCCCGCUGCUGCUGGCCACGGUGUCUGGGGAGCUAGUGGAGGCGCUGAAGCCCAGCGUCCUCAACCAGCUGCAGCAGCACCUGGCUGGGCGCCCGCGUGAGGAGCUGGAGAACAUGCUGAACAUGGCCGUGCACCUGGUGUGCCAGACCUCGGCCGGCGCCUACCGCCUGCUGCAGUUUCUGCUGGACACGGCCAUGCCGGCCUCGGUCAUCACACCGCCAGGGCUGGCUGUCCAUGACGGCGUGCGCGAGGCCUGCGACCGCCUGGUGCAGCCGCUGGCACUCUCCGGGGCCCCCAGCUGCGGCGCUGAAGCCAUGUGCCACCUGUUGACGCUGGCCCGCGGGCAGGAGGAGCUGGCCCUGGCUGCCCAGCUGUACGCCGUGCUCAGCGCCUGCGUGACUGACCUGCUGCCAGCCACUGCCCAUCGCUGCGUGCUGCAGAUCCACGCCGGUGCCCUGCCUGAGCCCCACGCUGCCCAGCUGCUCCGCAACCUGGCGCUGCUGGCCCAGUGGGAGGCCGAGGGGCCAGCUGGGCUCGGCGCCCAGCUGGGAGCUGCCCUCGCCCAGCACCUGCACGACUUGGGGCAGCUGCUGCUGCACUGCAGCCCUGAGGUGGCCGAGCCCGAGCGCGGCGUCUUCGCCCGCGACUUUGCCCGCGACGGUGACGCCGGGCGCUACCUGGCCGUGCUGCACAGCGUCCUGCACAAGAACAUCGACCGCCUGGGCCUGCUCUCCGGCCGCUUCCAAACCUAUUGGGGCCUCCGCCAGCCCCUGGGACUCUCCAUAAACCCCAGGGGCUUCUCUGGGACCCUCCAUGACCUGUACGUGACCACCUAG